CGUCUCCUCCGUCAUGACGGUUGUACAUCCAGAGUCCCUUGAGGACUUCGAGUACAUCGAAACUCCUUCCGCCUCGUGCAUCACUCCCGCUGAUGACUGUGGUGUGCGGACGACCUCCUACCCGGCCAUUAAAAAUGCCCCUGUACCGGCCGAUUCCCCCGGCAGCGAUAGCUUCUCCAACACUCUGUUGUUCGCCCUCUUGUUGCUGAUCCCAUGGUACUUCGCUCGCCAAGUUGGCGGUGGUUUCUACACCACCAUCUUCUUUGCUAUCUUCACCACUAUCCCCAUUCUCAUGGCCUUUUGGUCUGUAGCUUCUUCCAUCUCUCCCCGCAAGAACGAAAAGGCCAAGUAUGCCGGUCGCCCCGUCGAGUACUACCUCAGCUUCCACAGCGAGCAUGAUCGCGCUGCCUAUCGUGGCAAGAGCAAGAUUCCCAUGGAGGUUUUCUAUGAAAAGUACUUCAACGGUGAGGUGGAAUUCAAGUGUGACGCCCUGGAAGCCCUCGAGUUCCGUCACGACUGGGCCAAUUUCCGUUUCACCAUGGGUCUCUUCAAGCAUUUCCUCUUCGGUUUCAUUCCUGAGAUGAUCAUGCACACUCGUUCCCAGGAUGAGGAACAGGUUCGUGACCACUACGAUCGUGGCGAUGACUUCUAUGCUUGGUUCCUGGGUCCUCGCAUGAUUUACACCUCUGGAAUCAUCAGCGAUAUCAACCGUGAGGAGACUCUUGAGGAGCUUCAGGACAACAAGCUGGCUGUGGUGUGUGAAAAGAUUGGCAUUCAACCCGGUGACACCGUCCUCGACCUCGGUUGCGGUUGGGGUACUCUGGCCAAAUAUGCUUCGGUUCACUAUGGCGCUCAGGUCACUGGUAUCACCCUCGGUCGUAACCAGACUGCUUGGGGUAACAAGGGUCUUCGCAAUGCUGGUGUUGAGGAAUCUCAGAGCCGUAUCCUGUGCCUCGAUUACCGUGACGCCCCCCGGGUGGACGGAGGUUACAAGAAAAUCACCUGCUUGGAAAUGGCUGAGCAUGUCGGCGUUCGUCACUUCACUACUUUCUUGUCUCAGGUCUACGAAAUGUUGGAUGAUGACGGUGUCUUCUUCCUUCAGAUUGCUGGUCUGCGUAAGUCCUGGCAGUAUGAGGAUCUGAUCUGGGGUCUUUUCAUGAACAAGUACAUCUUCCCCGGAGCCGACGCUAGCACCCCCCUUGGUUUUGUCGUUGAUCGACUGGAGGCCGCCGGAUUUGAGAUCAAGGCUGUCGACACCAUUGGCGUCCACUACUCUGCCACCCUUUGGCGCUGGUACCGGAACUGGAUGGGUAACCGUGACAAGGUCGAGGCCAAGUACGGAAAGAGAUGGUUCAAGAUCUGGGAGUACUUCUUGGCCUACUCUACCAUCACCUCUCGCCAGGGUGGAGCUACCUGCUGGCAGCUUACUCUUGUCAAGAACAUCAACUCCACUCACCGUGUCGAGGGCAUUAAUCGUCAGUUCGGUCUCACCGGCGCCCGCCAGUCCGCUAUCGACAAUGUUGGCCACGGUGUUGUCCCCAGCGCUCACGUGCCUAAGAAGGCUUGAAGGGGUACUCCAACACUUAUGCAGUAGGCCCUUCUGGUGCCUCGACUUGACAGAUUUCCUGGUUUCUGGUUGUUGAAGACGCAGAAUUUGAAUGACCUGGCGAAAAUGGAUAUGGUUGCAUGAAUUUUCUUCAAGGUGGAGACCUAAGGAAUAAUGAGGUGCAGAAAUGAAAAUGGUUUGGAAAUUGAUAAGGGGUCUGUUUAUGGGACACGAAUGUGUGGGCGGGGUUCACAGAAAUGACGAACUUAAGUUACGUACAAUGAUUCUGAUUUAUAUAACCAGUCUGGCUCAGACAGAGUCUCUGUGUUUCAAAUCAGAACAGCAUGUAUUAAUGAGACACAAAUGAAUGCGACUGUGGUUGUAAGACGGG